AAAAAAGGAAAAAAAAAGGAAGAACAAAACUGUUUAUGAUAGCGAUAAACUAAACCCAAUGCGGGUUCAAUGCCUGCCAACAACCGUUAUUAUUAUUAUUUUCCUCUUGCUAGCCGGUAUAUCGUAUCCAAAACGUAAAAUAUAUCAUUCAACAAUGAUAAUUAUGGGUGUUGAUGCUGUACCAGUAAUUAAAACAAAAUCAAUGGUAUCAAAUGAUUUGGAUAAUUUACGCAGGUCAAUAGCCGUAUUACGCCAUGCGGUCGGAAAUUCAAUUGCCGGUUCAGUGCUUCGUUUACCUUCAUCACAGCAUCACCUUCAUCGGGAUGCCUUAUACGGACGACGAGGCGAGUCAUCAGAAGCUGCCAUACUAAAUGUUAAAGCCGAUAUCAGGAUGAUGAAUGAAGCAGAUGUAGAUCAGUUUGAUGACGAUUUUGAGGAUGAAGAAAGGCUCAUGCAAGCUGAUCGUCCAUCAAUCAUUCAUAGGACACGACAUUUUAGGCAGCGCAAAAGACGAAAAGGCUGUGGUAUCUCAAGGCAUGGCCAUCAACAAAUGUUAUGUCCAACACGAAGCACACAUCAUUAUGAUGUUUGCAUAACAUCCGAACAGCUUUGCGACGAUGUUACUGAUUGUCCUGGUGGUGAGGAUGAAAAUCCAUCAAAUUGUCUCUUUUAUAAAUCUAUAAAAGAACAAUUGAAACAUAUUUACAAUACUGUACUUCUAUUAGCCGAUCAUGCUGCCGGUCAGAAUAGCCAUCGUGAAUUGUAAACGACAUCAUGAAGACUUACUAUUUCCCAUACUUAUCUCAACUAUGAUCAAAGACUUAUGGGACAAAUAUGGACAAUAUGGACAAAUACGAAGAAAGGUAGACAGAGAAAACAACAUCGAUUGGAAAUUUCAUAUGGGCGCAAAUAUCCGUCUGUUAGGAAACAAAAAAAAAAAAAAAAAUUUAAGAGAAGAAAAAGAUAGAAUGGAAACGGAAUAUUGGAAACCCCUUCCCUCCCAAAGAUUUUACUUGUUAGUUGAUCUCAUUGUUUACUUGUCAUUAUGCCUGACUUAACAUAUAUUUGCACGA